AUGAACACAACCGACGUAUACAUUCUUCCGAUCUUCCUCCUCCCCCUCAUCCUCCUCCUAAGGCAGCACACCAAAAUAGUCUCUCGCUGCCACAUCUGCGUCGGUCCUUCUUGCCUCCUACCCCAGCCCACUCUCACCUCCCUCCUCUUGCCUCCCAGCAAUGGCGAACGCACAGCACCACCACCCCUGACUGCCGCCGGCACUGCUGCUACAACCUUUACUACUGUGGUUCCUUCCUCCAUGGCCAAUCAUCAAGGUCAAUCGGUGGGCUCCUACAACGUCUCCCUUUCGCCUCCUCGUGCCCACUCCAACCACUCCUCCUCUCCCCCUCGUCAAGGCGAUCCUCGGCACCCCGAGGGAGGCUUUCUUGAUUUUCCCCAUCCACCUAGCUGGUCCACCACCAACCAUUGA